CGAGCGGCCGCGCCCCCCGCGCUGCCAACCCGCGAGCCCGCAUCAUGGAUGUCGAGCUCCCCUAUUUCGCAUUGCUAGCCCUGGAAUUCGAGACCCCAGACGAGGACCAGGAUUCAUGAAUCAGUCGCAGGGGUCGGGGCAGGGGCCUCUGGCUCCCGACACCGGCCGAGAGGUGAUGAGUGAGGUUCGAAGAACGGAAGAUUUAAAAAGCAGCCGGGGCCUCUGUAUUGAAUGAAAGACCCAGUGCAAAGACAUCACCAUGAACACUAGCAUUCCUUAUCAGCAGAAUCCUUACAAUCCACGGGGCAGCUCCAAUGUCAUCCAGUGCUACCGCUGUGGAGACACCUGCAAAGGGGAAGUGGUCCGCGUGCACAACAACCACUUCCACAUCAGAUGCUUCACUUGUCAAGUAUGUGGCUGUGGCCUGGCCCAGUCAGGCUUCUUCUUCAAGAACCAGGAGUACAUCUGCACCCAGGACUACCAGCAACUCUAUGGCACCCGCUGUGACAGCUGCCGGGACUUCAUCACAGGCGAAGUCAUCUCGGCCCUGGGCCGCACCUACCACCCCCAGUGCUUCGUGUGCAGCUUGUGCAGGAAGCCUUUCCCCAUUGGAGACAAGGUGACCUUCAGUGGUAAAGAAUGUGUGUGCCAAACGUGCUCCCAGUCCAUGGCCAGCAGUAAGCCCAUCAAGAUUCGUGGACCAAGCCACUGUGCCGGGUGCAAGGAGGAGAUCAAGCAUGGCCAGUCACUCCUGGCUCUGGACAAGCAGUGGCACGUCAGCUGCUUCAAGUGCCAGACCUGCAGCGUCAUCCUCACCGGGGAGUACAUCAGCAAGGAUGGUGUUCCAUACUGUGAGUCCGACUACCACGCCCAGUUUGGCAUUAAAUGUGAGACUUGUGACAGAUACAUCAGUGGCAGAGUCUUGGAGGCAGGAGGGAAGCACUACCACCCAACCUGUGCCAGGUGUGUACGCUGCCACCAGAUGUUCACCGAAGGAGAGGAGAUGUACCUCACAGGUUCCGAGGUUUGGCACCCCAUCUGCAAACAGGCAGCCCGGGCAGAGAAGAAGUUAAAGCAUAGACGGACAUCUGAAACCUCCAUCUCACCCCCUGGAUCCAGCAUUGGGUCACCCAACCGAGUCAUCUGCGCUAAAGUGGAUAAUGAAAUCCUUAAUUACAAAGACCUGGCGGCUCUCCCCAAGGUUAAGUCUAUCUACGAGGUACAACGCCCCGACCUCAUUUCCUAUGAGCCUCAUUCCAGAUACACGUCCGACGAGAUGCUGGAGAGAUGUGGCUAUGGAGAGUCGCUGGGAACGUUAUCUCCCUACUCCCAGGACAUCUACGAGAACCUGGACCUCCGGCAGAGACGGGCCUCCAGCCCGGGGUACAUAGACUCCCCCACCUACAGCCGGCAGGGCAUGUCCCCCACCUUCUCCCGCUCACCUCACCACUACUACCGCUCUGGGCCCGAGAGUGGCCGGAGCUCUCCAUACCAUAGCCAGUUAGAUGUGAGGUCCUCCACUCCAACCUCUUACCAGGCUCCCAAGCACUUUCACAUCCCAGCUGGAGACAGUAACAUCUACCGGAAACCCCCGAUCUACAAACGGCAUGGUGAUUUGUCUACAGCAACCAAGAGCAAAACAAGUGAAGACAUCAGCCAGACCUCCAAGUACAGUCCCGUCUACUCGCCAGACCCCUACUAUGCUUCGGAGUCUGAGUACUGGACCUACCAUGGGUCCCCCAAAGUGCCCCGAGCCAGAAGGUUCUCGUCUGGAGGAGAGGAGGAUGAUUUUGACCGCAGCAUGCACAAGCUCCAAAGCGGAAUUGGCCGGCUGAUUCUGAAGGAAGAAAUGAAGGCCCGGUCGAGCUCCUAUGCAGACCCCUGGACCCCUCCCCGGAGCUCCACCAGCAGCCGGGAGGCCCUGCACACAGCUGGCUAUGAGAUGUCCCUCAAUGGCUCCCCUCGGUCGCACUACCUGGCUGACAGUGAUCCUCUCAUCUCCAAAUCUGCCUCCCUGCCUGCCUACCGAAGAAAUGGGCUGCACAGGACGCCCAGCGCAGACCUCUUCCACUAUGACAGCAUGAACGCAGUCAACUGGGGCAUGCGAGAGUACAAGAUCUACCCUUAUGAACUGCUGCUGGUGACUACAAGAGGAAGAAACAGACUGCCCAAGGAUGUAGACAGGACCCGUUUAGAGCGCCACCUGUCCCAGGAAGAGUUCUACCAAGUCUUUGGCAUGACCAUCUCUGAGUUUGACCGGCUGGCCCUCUGGAAGAGGAAUGAACUGAAGAAGCAAGCCCGGCUGUUCUAGGCAGAGGCUCUAUAAAUAUAUAUGCAUUUAUAUAAAGAUAUAUGUAAAAUCUCUCUACUGAAGCUCGGUAUAAUCCUCUCUUGUGUAAUGGGACACACUGCCUGCCAUGAGACUUGCUUUUCUGUACUGUCAGGCAAGCCCACGUCAUCGAGAUAUUUUUAUGCUCCUUACUUUCUCUUUUCUAACUGCUGUGGGAUCUGGGAAGGGAUUUGAGGGGACUCUGUCCUUUUAUUGGGGAUCCUUUUUAUACUGAAACAUCUGUCCUAACUUGAGUGCCCCAAGGUCCAACUCUCUUUCCUAAAGAAGGUGCCUGAAGAAGUCUCUCUUCUCUCUGCUUCGUGGCCCCUUUCUUAAAUUUCUAGGGCUGAUGCUGACCAUGUGGUUUCCACACCUUAUUGGCCCCAGAGGGGCCCUCCCGUGGGAAGAUCUGCAGCAAUCUCCCCAAAUCAAUGAGCGCCUUUGAGCGCCCAUGAAGAACUUUCUCAACACCCCCAAUUAGGAGCUCAGUGCUCUCUGGGGGCAAUGCAGUUAAAAGUGUGAGCCUCAAAUCUAGUCAUUACACCAGUCAACAGAAGUGGACAGGGCCUAGGCCUCUCCUCAGCUCCUCAACCCUCCUCCUUCUGCCCAGGAUUGUAACCUCUCCCUUGUCCAAAUCUAGGAUUCAUGGUAGGAAAAGGAAAAGGCCCUUCCCUUCCCUCCACCACUUCCAACUGGCCCCUUUGCCUGACCUGGACUUGGAGAACCAGAGGAAAGGAGAGGGAGUGGAAGUGAGAGAUAGAGCAGGGCACCUGUUAGAAUCAGAGCUGCAGGAUUUCUUGGGACCCUCCUCUCUCCCUCACUGCUCCCAGCACCUCCUGACCCUUCCCCCUUUCAAGGAGAGGCCCAUGAUUGCAGCUUGUAUUCUUUAGCCUUAUUACAAUCUAUGUGCCUGACAACUCAACACACCGCAGGGCUAAUGUUCCCACCAGAGCUCCAACUGAACAACCAGACAGACAACUCUCAUCACCCUCUGUAGAGAAAAUAGGCCGUGUCCCAAAGAAAGGUUCUUGGUCUAUGCCUCUGGUCUGUGGGCUGGCAGGGCAACCGUACCAUACCCCCGCCAGUCCUCAGCUCCUGCUGCAAAGUUGGCCAUGUUUCACAGGGCAACUUUUGGAAGAGUGGCUGCUUAUGAGAUUCCAAAAUGAAGUGUUGGCCAACACCGCUCAUGGCCAUCCUGGAUCUUCCCGUUGGCUUCCUUUCCUGCUCGCCUCCCUGAACAGGGGAGAAAGCUUAACCUCUCUUCUCCUCUCCAAACCUUUCACCUUGAGUGGGUAAUGUUUGGUGGGGGCUGUUCCUUCUUGGAGAUGCCUUGAGUCCGACCAUUUUGAGAUCAUGAAGGAAGGAUGAAGAAGGGAAAAUGACAAUAAUGACUCUCAAGAGGCUGGUGAUGUGACAUAGCAAAUGUAGAACUGACUUAAAUUGAACAAACCCUCACUGAGCACCUCUGAUGUUGAGCACCUGCUGAAUACUGAGCACUGAAUGGGGGAGGGGAGGGGAGCACAGGGGUGAGUCAACCUGGGACUCGGUCUCAGGGAUAAAUAUGCCUACCAAUAGUGGGUAUCGUAAGGCGUGUACCCAGACAUAACGGAUGUAAGGCAGAAAGUGAUCGGAGAAGGAAUGAGAAAGUGUGCGUGAUGUUAAUGAAAAGUCAUAUGCAGUUAGAGCAGACCAAGGAAAGCUUUCUGGAAGAGAUUGCAUCUGAGGAAAAUUCAGGAAGGAUCUUUGUAGAUUGGGAGGAGAUUCUAAAUUGAAGGGGUGAUAGGGUGAGGGGCCAGAGGGAAGUCUGCUCUGUUCUCAUGUAGGAUGUCAGCCCUCCCUGCAACUUCUCUUUUUGGCCAAUGUCUUUUCACUUUCCUGACCCUUUAGAAUCAUCCCCAGCCAGACGCAAUCAUGGAAGCUGCCUCAUUGUCACUGGUUAAGAACUUGGCGAGAUUGAAGGGCUUUUGUUAUUGUUGUUGGAUAUUUUUGUUUCCCAUAAAAGCACAUCAUUUCAACCCUAAA